GCCGCGGGAUGCGGGCAGGGAAGCCGGCCUUCACGUGCUAGGAGCGCAAGGGGGUGCACGUCGACCUACCCAAAAUAUUUCCCUGAGCUCCGGCUGUAAUUCGCACUAAAAUGUCACUGAAAGGGGGCCGAUGCCAAUUUGUCUAUGAUGUCAGUCCUUAAUCUCAAAGUCACUCGGAGGAGCCUGUGGCCCUUGAGACGACCAAGUGCGCCGUCAAGUCUAACUUCCAGUGAAAUGACUGGAUUGUGUAAGGACAAGAGUAGAAAACUUGACAGGAAGGGGUUCGGUUCAGCUCUCAACCCGAGCAGGCACAGACCUCGUAAAUGCUACAUAAAGUAGAGGGAAAUCGAUAAAGUGUUGGGAAGUGUCAGUGUAGAACCACACAGGAACCCGACAUUUCCUAAGAGCUGGCUAGCUGGGCGAAACCUCAACUCGGAACGCUAUUUCUGCACAGUGCAGUUUUCCCGCCCGGAGUCAGGGUAGACAGCACCUUUCCGUAUUGCGCAGGCGCAGUGCCACUUCCAUGGCAUGGAAGCGCUAGCUGUUCUAUUCUUGGCUGUGGUGGCCCUAGCACGGAUCAUGUUCUGGGUUUGGGACUCCUCCGAACGAAUGAAGAGUCAGGUGCAGGCUGGCCUGUUAGGAAACGGAAAUCGGACCCUCCUGGUGAUCGCGCACCCCGACGAUGAAGCCAUGUUUUUUGCUCCCACUUUGCUAGGCUUGGCCCGCCUGAGGCACCGCGUGUUCCUGCUCUGCUUCUCCGCAGGAAAUUACUACAAUCAAGGUGAGAUUCGUAAGAAAGAACUUUUCCAGAGCUGUGAUGUUUUGGGGAUUCCAGCCUCCAGUGUAAUGAUUAUUGACAACAGGGACUUCCCAGAUGACCCAGGUGUUCAGUGGGACACAGCGAGUGUGGCCAGCGUCCUGCUCCAGCACAUAGAAGUGAAUGACAUCAACCUGGUGGUGACCUUCGACGCAGUGGGCAUCAGUGGGCACAGCAACCACGUGGCUCUGCACACAGCUAUGAGCCCAACAUUCUCAGACUGGAGCAGAGAAAUAUGUGAAGACAGAAAUGUCCAACCUUCUCAUUUCACCGAAGCUGCCAGGCUGAACGAUGUCAGAGACAACGCUGAAUCCAGGAAUCUUAGGACUCUACACUGGGAAGGGAGGUUACCUGAAGGGUGCAGGGUACUCACCCUUCAGUCUGUGAGCGUGCUGCGCAAGUACAUCUCCCUUCUGGACCUUCCCUUUUCUCUGCUUCACACUGGCGAUGUCCUCUUCGUGCUCACCAGCAAGGAAGCAGCACAGGCCAAGAGAGCCAUGUCCUGCCACCGCAGCCAGCUCCUCUGGUUCCGCCGGCUCUACGUGCUCUUCUCCCGCUACAUGAGAAUCAACUCUCUGCACUUUCUCUGAAGUCUGGAAGCCUUUACAGAUCCAAGGAAAGUCUCCAAAUCCACACCCCAGCCAUGCCCCCAUGCCAAGUCCAGGCAGCCAAAGGGACUCCAUGCCAAAUACCAAGAAUUACUGGGAAGUCCUGAAGGUGUCCCACCAGAGUCGCCAGAAAAUGAAACCAGAAAAGUGUUCCUGCUGCUUGUCACUACCAGAACCAAUUAGUAGAGACAGGAUUGAAUCUUUAUGGGCACUCUAAUAAGCUGAAAAGAUAGUGUGUUAUAUACCCUCAAAAACCAUCUUAACAUCUCACCUCAGGCCGACCUUUUUAUUUUUUUAUUUUAAGAUUUUAUUUAUUUUUAGAGAAAGGGGAAGGAAGAGAGGAGGAAAAACAUUGAUUGAUUGCCUCUCUCAUGCCCCCAACUGGGGACAGGACCUGCAACCCAGGCAUGUGCUCUGACUGGGAAUUGAAUGGGUGACUUUUUGGUUCUCAGGCUAGUGCUCAAUCCACUGAGACACACCAGCCAGGGCAAGCCAACCUUUUUAUCAGGAGAAGAAAGGGUAUGUGAGGGGUUUGGAAAAAAAGUUAACCAUAGUGCAGAGGCCAUUUUCCUACUAUUUUAUCUGUUAUCAACUGCUCAGGUACCAUCUCUAUCCCUUGCAGACCCUCUGGGGCACAGAGGUUGAAUUGCUCCAGGUUGUGCAUUCCAGUCUCUAGAAUAACACUGAAGCCUAUCAACUGGCUAAAAUCUUUAAUUCUUGAUUUCCCCUAUCAAAAGUGAUUCCUAAAGGCAACAAGGCCUUAGCCUGCUAAGCUCUGAGAUGCCACUUUCUGGUCAGAUGAGAAGUCAAUAAAAAUUCAGUGGUAACUGUACAGGCUUUCAGCCUUUUGUCUUCAGGCCUUUUGUCUUUAGGGUAAAAUGUUAUUUCCUAUGUCACUCUGGUGAUAAUAUCUUCAUCUGUGGCAGAACCGCGGGCCCUCAUCUCUGCCCACAUACACAUCUUCCCAUGUGUGUAUUUCAGGGGCAGAAAGGGACUAAAGUAAUCUUGAGGUUUCUAUCAGUCUGCUGCACCACAGGCCACUGUGCUUAUUAUUGAAGACUCCAACAGACUGCAUGUGUUCCAGGUUGUUCAGCUGACUGUCUUUCUUCCUGCCCUCCAAAGCUCAAGGUCUGUCUUGGUUACGAGGUCCCCACUGCCAUGCUGAGAAAGAUGAAGAUCAUCUCCCAGUAAGACAUGCCUCCAGUCUGCUCGUAUUAGUCUAGCAAUGGCUUGAUGGCCACCAUGAUCCCGGGGUUCAACUUAUCCAUCUCAUCAAAUAUGAACACGGAGCUUGCAUAGGCACUCACAUUACCCUGGAUCCACCUUUGUAACUGGUCCUGGAAAAGUUUUAUCUGGUGUUCAUGAGAAAACUGCAGUUAGUACAAACAGGUGAAGAAAGUUACCCUUUAGGCCUUUUGAAUGAAGAUUUUCAGCCACAAUUUGGCUAACAAAAUUCUUGCCUGUGCCAGCCCAGCCACGUAGGAAAAGAGUCCAUGGUUCCUUGGGCAUGUGGCUGCUCUUGAAGCCAGUCAGCGCCUUGAAGAGUCACUUCUUUGGCCAGAUGCUGUCCUAACAGUUUCUCCUGCAAUUGCAGCUUGAGGGCUAGACAAAAGGCACAGCUUCCAGGGCUGGUGGCCAAACAGAGGCCCCAUCUGCCCUCUCUCCUUCCCCUCACCUGGGGUGAGCUGUGUGCCAGAUGUGAAUGUCCACUGAGGCCUGUCCCUUGGGUCCCUCCCAACCCUCCAGGCAACCCGCAGUACAGGACACAUUGAGCAGCUUCUCCUUGCCACAGCACUCGGCAAAGAGAGUACAGGGCCGGGUGUUGGUAGGCUAGGUAGAAGGAUGGCAAGGGACAUGCUGAUGGGCUUGAUUGCCGCCAUGGGGGGAGCACCUUUGUUAAGAGGGUGCAGCCAGGGCCCCCCCAAAGAAGGAUUUGUAAUGGGGUCCAGAACUGACGGUGUCCAGGAAAUAAUAAAAAUAUGGGAUGUCCUCACCCCCACAAGGCUGAACUGGGGGAUGGGACACAUGGAGCAGGGCCAUUGAGACUUGUCUUGCAUAGCAACAGUUUUGUUAACCUCUAGAAUGGUCAUUUAACGUAUCUAUAACUUCUGAUGGGUUUCAUAGAUAUGUGAAAUAGCUGUGGCCUUGCUUUGAGCCAGAGAGAAGGGAAUGACUUCCACCCAAGAUGUAACUGGGAGGCAAUUCCCCCUGGUUACAGAGCCUGCAUAAGAGCUUGCUCCACACCACAGGGCCACGCUUGCCCAGACUUACAAUGGCAGCCCAGAAACGCUGGAAAAGGUAGCAGGUGUGGCCGAUUGUGGGAGGAGUCAGAAAUGGGGCUGCAGAAGAAGACUGGUGCAGGGAUUUAAACCCAGGUGCAGCAGC